GUGGCGAUGUGUACCAAGAGGCUGUGGGGAACGGAGUGGCUCCGGACGGCCGAGGGAUUGGCGUUGUGAACAGGCCUAUGGAUGGUGCAGAGGUUCAGCUAGAUGACUUUGUGGGGGCUCAUGCUGAGUACAAUGAAGAGGAGGAAGAACGCAAAUAUUUCCGCCGCAAGCGUCUCGGCGUUAUCAAGAACCUCUUGACAGCCAGCCUGGGUGGAAUGUUAACCUAUGGUGUCUUUCUAGGCCUGUUGCAGAUGCAGCUAAUCCUGCACUAUGAUGAAACUUACCGAGAAGUGAAAUACAGUAAUCUGGAGCUGCAGAAUAUUGACAACAAGAUGCUGAUGGGCAUCAAUGUCACGCCUAUCGCUGCAGUGCUCUACACUCCACUCCUCAUAAGAUUCUUUGGCACUAAAUGGAUGCUAUUCCUGGCUAUUGGCAUCUAUGCACUCUUUGUCUCCACCAACUACUGGGAACGUUACUAUACCUUGGUACCGUCAGCUGUGGCAAUUGGAGCUGCCAUUGUACCUCUGUGGGCUUCCAUGAGCAACUAUAUCACUCGGAUGGCACAGAAAUACUAUGACUAUGUAAACUACAAGGAAGAGCAUGUCCAGGAGCAAAAGAGAGCACCACACAGAGCCUACAACAGCUACAUCAUUGUCUUCCAGACUGUCUUCUAUGCCUUCUUCAAUUUGAGUUUCGUCUGUGCCCAGAUGCCUAUGUUUUUCUUCCUGAAGUGGUAUCUCUAUGAUAUGACGCACACACUUUGCAAUGUUCAGAACUGUGGCACCUCCAGCCAUGGGAUCCUCCCAGGGAUCAACUCCACAGUUCUACAGAGACUCCCACGCAGCAGCGAGCUCAUCAUUGUGGAGAGUGUGCUCAUGGGUGUGGCCUUCCUCGCCAUGCUUCUGGUGUUGAUCCUGUGUGGCUCUGCCUAUCGCCCAACAGAGGAGAUAGAUUUACGCAGCAUUGGAUGGGGAAACAUCUUCCAGCUGCCUUUCAAACACAUGCGAGAUUAUCGCCUCCGCCACCUCAUCCUUUUCUUCAUCUACAGUGGCUUCGAGGUGGUCUUCCUCUGCACUGGUUUUGCCUUGAGCUAUGGCGUUUGCUCCAUUGGCCUGGAACACGUGGCUUACAUCAUCACGGCUUAUGGACUCUCAUCUUCUAUCUGCAGCAGCAUGGCACUUUCUAUGCUGUGCAUGCCCCGCCAGGUUCCCCUCCUCACAGGAGCUUCUGUCCAUGCUAUCCUUUUGAUUGCACUCUUCUGUUGGGAACCUCGUCCCAAGAGCUUAGGUGAAGCACCCAUACUGUACCUGGUGGCUGCACUUUGGGGCCUUGGCAGUGCCCUCAACAAGACAGGCCUCAGCUCACUCCUGGGGAUGCUUUAUGAAGACAAAGAACGGCAAGACUUCAUCUUUACCAUCUACCACUGGUGGCAGGCCGUGGCAAUCUUUGUUGUUUAUCUGUGGUCUGGACUACCCAUGAAGGCUAAGUUAUCCCUCAUGUUGAUUACUCUGGCGGCUGCAGUGGUCUCCUACGUGUGGAUGGAACAUAAAAUAAGCCGGCUUAUCCGGCACCGCCUUCCCAAGAUUCCCAAGCCUCAUCACAAGGUGCGGGGCUAUCGCUACCUGGAAGAUGAGAAUUCUGAUGAAACUGGCUCAGAGGGAGAGGAGGAAAGGGAACACAAUGACUCCUCAGAUGAAGAAGCAGAAGGUGAACUGCCCAAAGACUGACAGCCCAGGGCUCAACGCAGGAAGAAGUGCAACUACAAACAGACGCAGGAGGCGGAGGCUUGAGAGAGCCAGUUUGGUGUAGUGGUUAAGUGUUUGACUCCCCACUCCUCCACUUGCACCUGCUGGCAUGGCCUUGGGUCAGCCAUAGCUCUGGCAGAGGUUGUCCUUGAAAGGGCAGCUGCUGUGAGAGCCCUCUCCAGCCCCACCCACCUCACAGGGUGUCUGUUGUGGGGGAGGGAGAUGAAGGAGAUUGUGAGCCGCUCUGAGACUCUUGAGUGGAGGGCGGAAUACAAAUCCAAUGUCGUCUUCUUCCAGCUCCUGGCUUGAAGCCACCCUUUUUGCCCUGUCAGUCUGUUUUCUCCAGUCUUGGCUGGUCCAUGACUUUCUCAGGUGCCUUAGACUUCAGCCUCUCAGCAUCAACAGAAUCAUCUCUCUGCCACACUCUUUCAGUGUUUUAAUCUUACUUGGAGCCUGACUUCCUGCAUUCAGACACCUUUUAGUCCUCACUACAGCUAGGAUAGAGGGGAGACGCAAAGACACACUUCCUGGCUGUGAGGCUCCUCUCUAGAAGGCCCCCACCAUCUAUGUGCCAUUGCUAUGCUCCCAGCCUGGGAGACUUCCCGUGCCUAAGAUCAGGCAAGGAGGGGGGGGGGGGGUUAAAGUGCACCCAGUACCUCUUCUGCCCUGGCUAGGUGGCUCCUGUUCCGAGCUCUCUAGCCACUAUCCUCUCCAGCCUUUGGGAAACUUCUCACAUUUAAAAGGCUGACACUCCACCCUUCCUGAUGCCUGCAUCCAAGCCGCUGCACCAGCUCCCCCCUCCCCUGCUAACACCUCCCUUGUAAUCACCUCAGAGCAUAGAGCCUCAUAAGGCCCCUCCCAACCCCCAUCAGCUCCUGCUGGGCUGAGCUCACCGUUUGGUGCCACCCCAACUUUGGUGGCUCCCACCUGCUGGAGACAGGCUGUCAGUGGCCAUCACCACAGCUCCUUAGGAGGGGCAAGGUCUGCUUCCCUGACUGUCUCUGAUCUCUCCUAUCUGGCACUUUCCUGCAACAAGCACUUCAGCUGCAGGACUGUUUGCCGGGCUCCAUGGGCAUCAGGACUCCGCUCCCCCAACACUCCUUCCCAAUCCAGCUCUCCUGGUCAGCCGCAGCUACUUCACAGCGAGUGGAUGAGUCAUAACUCCGUGCUGCUCUUCCUGUGUUAGCUGCUCCACCCCAGCUUGGGGAUGGCUGGGGAAAGUCUGGGGCUGCUGCCAUCUCUGGACGCUGGUGAUGGUAUUAGCUCCCUCCCUGGUGCAUAUAGGGAAUGAAUAUGUCCUGCCUGUGGAAGACUCUAGCUGUAGCAGGUGGAUACAAGGAACUAGGGACUAAGCUGGAUAUUGGAGUGUAGUCCUUCGAAGGUGGAGAGAAGAGAGAGGCGUACACGAGCCUUUUCUUAUUCUUCAGAAGCAGCUUGAACUCACAAUAAAGUCUGGAUCCCUUUUUAUU